CUAAUAAUAUAGAAAUUCAGAUUGAUUAUAAUGAAUCUAAUGUAGAUUUGUUAUAUGAAAUUACUGAUAAUGAACUAUUAUCUAAGACUUCAGUAGAUAGUGAUGAAUCUGAUAUUGAAGCCUCAACAAAUUGUAUAUUAGGAAAUAUGUUUUCUGAUUUUAAAGGGUUUGAUGGAGAAUAUGAACCCUAUUUUCCAGACUUUACAUCAGCAAUGAUUUUCACUUGG